AUGGCUUCACACCCAAAACCUUCUUCCAACAAAAGCUUCAUCCAUGCCCCUGCACCCACCACCGCCUCCGCCGCGGCGUCUCGAGCACCGGCGAGCCACAGGAAGUUUUGCUUCCGAAAGCGAGGGAAGCUGCCAACGGCGCGGCUAGGGGGGAAGAAGCCGCGGCGGGGAUUCUUUCUGGUGAAGCUUUUCCGGCGGGCGAGACUGCGGUGGCUCCGGCUGCACUACUCAACCAUGGUGAAGAAGAUCAAAGAUUAUUACCAGCGACUCAUAAAGGAUAUCGUCGACGGCGGCGGAGCCAUUGAUUCCUUCCACCAACGCCUGAUCAUGGAGACGUCUUUUGCCGUUCCGGUGAUGGGACUUUCUUUGAACUCUUUUCCUAGCCAUUACGGCAAAUAGCUCGCCGGCGCCGGCGGAUUUUCUUGUUUAUCCGGUAAAUAACUCCGAUCUCCUUCAUUGUC